CUUCACAACCGGUUGUGAUUACAUGUGUCGUUAUAAAAUUAUUUAUUUAUUUUUAAAAUUAGUUUCUUAUUCAGUGUUAGUGUAUAAUAAUAAUUAUAAAUAUUACUAAUAAUCGACUAUGUCAUCAUCAAUCUACUAUCGAAUGCUGGGGCAUGCAGUGAUCCUAUCACUGCACGCUGGCAACUCCUUGGUGAUGUUCCUCUCGAUGAAGGAUGAGAGCAUCAUGAGAGACCUGGAUGUCAGGAAGAUGACGUCAUUGCAGAGUAUGUACUUGACUGUGUGGAAUAUUGCCUUCCAAAUGUCAUAUUUCUCGCUGGCAUUGACCUGUGACCUUCUCACCGUCACAGGACGAGAACAUCUGGUCUCCAAGAACAUCAGACGGUUCCGACAGACUUUUUUCAGCUCAAUCAUAUUUCCUGUUGCCGCGGUUAUCUUUGUGGUAUUUUGGCCAGUGUUUAUAAUAAAUAGAGAACUGCUAUUCCCGGAGUUCAUAGACAAGAUAUUUUCCUUUAAAUCUAACUUUAUAAUGCAUUUUUGUAUAUUACCCGCUGCGAUGUGGGAGCUGGCUUUUUUACCGCGUCCCAUACCAAAGACACAUCGGUACAAUCUAGCUAUUAUAACCUCCUUGUUCGUCAUUUAUAUGGCUGUAGUUCUUCACACUUACAACCGGCGUGGACUGUUCCCGUACCCAAUUUUCACAAUGACCUAUGGAACGAUAUACUUCCCAAUAUUCUUAGGUUUAAUAUUUCUGAUAGGCCUAGCCAUAUACUUUGCCCAAUGGAAACUACAUUCAUUAAUUUGGGGCCAAGAGAAACUAAAACAAAACAAAGUAAAAUUUUCGUAAACUAAAAACUAAAAAACAUGAAUAAGUUAUAAAUUAUAAUAUAAUAUAAUAAAUAAAUUAUAAAUUAUGUGACUUAUUUUUGUAAAUGUGUGUUGAUGAGAUUGAUUUUUAGCUAUGUUUUAUAUUAGUAAAUAGGUGUUUCUUCAAAAAUCUUUAACUUUUGUUUAACAAAUCAUUAUCCUCCCGCGUU